AUGGAAAACCACACCAAGGUAACCGAGUUCAUUUUGGUUGGGUUCAAAUCUCAUCCAGGAUUACAACUCCUCUCUGUUCUCUUCUCAGCAAUGUAUGUUGUCACUGUGGUGGGAAAUGCCUGCAUGAUCCUCAUAAUUCAAAUGGACUCCAAGCUGCACACUCCCAUGUACUUUUUCCUAGAGAACUUGUCCAUUCUAGACAUCUGCUAUUCCUCUGUCAUCACUCCAAAUUUGUCCUUUUGUGGGCGCAAAGAAAUAAAUCACUUCUUCUCUGAUGUUCCUGCAGUGAUGCGUGCUGCCUGCUCAGACACACUUGUCAAUGAAAUAGUCAUGCUGUCUGUAUGUGGAUCAAUCAUCGUGGGCACUGCCUCGGUAGCUUUUCUCUCCUGUGGUUAUAUAAUCCUCACUAUUGUCCAAAUGCCUUCAGCUGAGAGCAGACACAAGGCUUUCUCCACUUGCUCUUCUCACAUGCUGGCUGUCAGCUUGUUCUUUGGGACUGUUUUCUUCAUGUAUGCUCAGCCUUCAGCUGACAAAAGCAACACCAUCUCUAUUCUCUAUACUAUUGUUAUUCCCAUGCUAAACCCUUUCAUCUGUACUCUCCAAAAAAAAGAGGUAAAAGAGUCUCUGACAAAACAGUUUAAAAGGGAAGGCUUUUUUAGUACCUUUACUAAGGGUGAAAAUGACCACAGUGUCAAAUUCGCUACAGAUAGAUGUUUAGAAUGUAAAACAUCUGGGCUUGCUUUCCAGAGCCUUUUGUGA